GGCUUUUUUAACAUCUCUCUAUCUGGUGCUGAUCUCACUGCAUGAUGACUUUCUGUUUCACUGGUAUUCGAAGCUUUCCUAAGCUUUGGAAGAACAACCCAUACCUUGGCCUAAGCCCAGGACACUCUUAUCUCUCUCUCUUUCUCAAAGACUGUUAUGGCAUCUGGAACCAACAGAAGUGGUUUUCUCUUAAAACAGUGUCUGCACAAAAUACUAAAGCAGUGAAUCUGCUGACUGCCAAGGCCAGAUAUCUCAGGAAAGGAGAUGAAGGCAGUAAUAAGCAAGUUUCUUCUGAUUCCCAUCUUUUUGCAGCUGGAGCGGCUAAGAAGAGAUCAGAGAUGAAUCCUCAUAAGGAAGAUCAUGCCUUGCCACCUGUGAGGAACACUAUUCAACUCCCAACAAAACCUUUGAAUUCAGAAGAGUGGGAUAAACUCAAGGAAGAUUUCAAAGGAAAGGCUAAAUUUGAAAGUUGGAUCAUUUCUCAAAUGGCCCACUCUCAUAGCUCUGUAGAUGUGGCCAAAUCUCUGUUAGCCUGGGUAGCUGCAAAAAACAAUGGUAUUGUAGGCUAUGAUUUGCUGGUCAGGUAUUUGUAUCUCUGCGUCUUUCAUAAGCAGACAUCGGAAGUUAUUGAUGUCUAUGAGAUCAUGAAAGCCAGAUACAAGAGAUUAGAAUCUGAAGGGUAUACUCUCCUCAUCCAGGGAUUAGUCCACUCAGACAGAUGGAAAGAGGCCUUGCUGCUGUUAGAGGAUGUCAAAAAAGUCAUGAUCGCUUCAAGAAAGAACUACAAUGACUGUAUAGAGGGAGCCCUUCUUCAUCAAGAUGUAAACCUAGCUUGGAAUUUGUAUCAGGAAUUGUUAGGUCAUGAUCUUAUUCCUAUGCUGAAAACUUUAAAGGCAUUCUUUGAUUUUGGAAAAAACAUAAAAGAUGAUCAGUAUUCAAACAAGCUACUUGACAUUCUUUUGUAUCUAAGAAAUAAUCAACUGUAUCCUGAGGAAUCAUUUGCACAGAGUAUAAAAACAUGGUUUGAGAGUGUUCCUGGAGAACAAUGGAAAGGACAGUUCACAACAGUCAAGGAAAGCGGCCAGUGUUUGGGCUGUGGAAAAACCAUGGAGUCUAUUCACCUGAGUCCAGAAGAGUAUGAAUUUCUUAAGGGCAAAAUCAUGAGGGAUGUGAUAGAUGGAGGUGAUCAGUACAAAAAGACAACACCUCAGGAACUCGAGAGAUUUCAGAACUUUGUAAAAUGCUGUCCUCCUUUUGAUAUCGUCAUCGAUGGGCUCAAUGUUGCCAAAACAUUUCCUAAAGCUCGUGAAUCUCAAGUUCUCUUGGAUGUGGUCUCUCAACUAGCCAAGCGGAACGUGCAGCUGCUGGUCCUGGGCCGAAAGCACAUGCUAACACAGCACUUGAGGUGGAGAAAGGAUGAGAUGAAAAAGGUGCAAAAGCAAGCCAGGUGCUUCUUUGCUGACAACAUCUCAGAGGAUGAUCCGUUCCUUCUGUAUGCCACACUGCACUCGGGGAACCACUGCAAAUUUAUCACAAAAGAUCUGAUGCGGGACCACAAGGCCUGUCUACGUGAUGCCAAGACCCAGCGCCUCUUCUUUAAGUGGCAGCAGGGACAUCAGCUAGCAAUUAUUAAUAGGGUUGCAGGAUCAAAAAUAACCUUUCAGCAUAUCCCCUGUUAUGACACAGUGGUACAAACAACUGGAGACUCGUGGCACAUACCAUAUGAUGAAAACACGGUGGAAAGAUACUCCUAUGAAGUGCCAACCAAAUGGCUUUGCCUUCGCCGAAAGACGUGAAGACUCUCCCCCAUGCUAAACUUGUGUUGGGGUGCCCUUCUGGUUGGCGUCAGAGCACUUCAGUUGAUGCUUGUUUAGCAGUGCUCCUGCGUGAUCCACUCUGUCCUGUUUGGUCCAGUUGGUUUGCAUGUCAACAGAUUGACUUUUUUUAAUGAAAUAAAAUAUAAAAUC